AUGCGGACACCCUUCCCCCGCAUCGGGCAUAUGACUGUCCGCUAUCUGAACCAGGAUAACCUGAGCAACGGAUUCAUCCACCCGUCUAUCUCACCAUCCCAAGCUGGAAUCUUCUUUGUAGAGAAGAAGGACCACAGCCUCUGUCCCUGCGUGGAGUACCGUGAGCUUAACCAUAUCACCAUCAAGAACCACUACCCCCUUCCACUGAUUCCGGAGCUGUUUCAACGCCUCCAUUCUGCAACCAUCUUCACCAAAUUGGAUUUGCGGGGUGCCUAUAAUCUCAUCCGGAUCCGUGAGGGGGAUGAGUGGAAGACAGCUUUUCGUACUCAGUUCGGGCAUUACGAGUACCACGUUAUGCUCUUCGGCCUGUGCAAUGCCCCGGCCACAUUUCAGCACCUGGUGAACGACGUCUUCUGUGAAUUCCUGGAUCUAUUCGUAAUAGUAUACCUCGAUGACAUCCUCGUCUUCUCGUCUUCCUUGACCCUGCACCGGAUACAGGUGCUUUCCCGACUUUGA